UUGGUACAUGUCUUACGUACACACACGAACGACACCCCACCAGUAAAUACAAUCGAAUUUUUAUUCACCACUCGUCUGCGUCUCGUCUUUAGUGAUCACGAAUCGGCGCCACCAAGAAGUGCCAGGGGCCAGUACUCGUUCAGCUUCCCAUCGACAAUCAUUUCCCGGUCGCUUCCGCAGUUUGUGCAAUUUGAAUAUUGAAAAGAUAAAGGAAUCGAACGACACAAUCUAUCGGAGAUUUUAUUUCCGUUUGCUGUACUAUUGGUCCAAGACAAUAAUUGAAAUCUACAUCGUCAGAAACAGCCAACCGACGAAUCAGCAGUAAUAAUGGGCGACAAAAAGAAGCCAGUCUACAUCCAGUAUUUGUUUGGAGGUCUUUCCGGAAUCGGGGCAACAUGCGUGGUGCAGCCGCUGGAUCUGGUCAAAACCCGCAUGCAGAUCUCCGGCAUUGGAGGCGCGGUCAAAGAGUACAACAACACAUUCGAUGCCAUCGGCAAGAUCAUCAAGCGGGAGGGUCCGCUGGCACUGUACAAAGGCCUGAGCGCCGCAAUCAUGCGUCAGGCGACCUACACCACCACGAGACUGGGCGUCUACACGUCACUCAAUGACGCAUAUAAGCAGAAAAUGAACAAAGCGCCCAACCUGUUGGAAUCGAUGGCCAUGGGAAUGACGGCCGGUGCCGUCGGAUCAUUCGUCGGUAAUCCAUGCGAGCUGAUUCUGAUCCGAAUGACCGCCGAUGGCCGAUUACCGGUGGCGGAACGCAGAAACUACACAAACUUUUUCAACGCUUUCCUUCGCAUCGCCAGAGAAGAAGGAAUGUUUGCCUUAUGGCGUGGAUGCAUUCCCACCAUGGGUCGCGCCAUGGUCGUAAAUGCAGCACAACUAGCCUCCUACUCACAGGCCAAGAGCUACCUCGUCAGCAGUGGACACUUUACGGAAGGCAUCGCUCUCCAUUUCACAGCCAGCAUGUUCUCGGGGCUGAUCACGACCGCUGCUUCGCUACCAGUAGACAUUGCCAAAACGAGAAUUCAAAACAUGAAGGUAGCAGCUGGUGAAGUGCCACCCUACAAGAACACAAUCGACGUGAUAGUGAAGGUCGUACGCCACGAGGGAAUCUUCGCCCUGUGGAAGGGCUUCACUGCCUAUUAUGCUCGUCUGGGUCCACAUACCGUUCUGACCUUCAUCCUGCUGGAGCAACUUAAUGGAUUGUACAAUCAACACUUUAUGGGCGGCAAAGGAUCGAAAUCCGGACUGUGAGAGAUGCCGACCUGCAUGGGGAUGCUUUAUCAUCACAACCAAGACACACAAAACAUGAGGAAAUCCACACAAAAAGCCGAACGAGAACACAAAACAGUUGCAACUGUCUAACUAGCAUUAACAUUCAACAAUCAAUCCGUUCUUUACUUUUUGCAUUCAUUACUUUUGCGUUUCGCUCUGAGCGCCUUUACAUUUUUAUGUCCUUUAUUAUCUGUUUAGAAAAAUCUUCUCUUAGAUUGUUAUUUGUUUAUUAAAUUUUAUGUUGUAACUCAACUCGAAA